AUGGCUUCCUUGACCGGGUCUUUGGGGCGCCUGUGUGGCCUCGCGGGCAGGUCGGCGCCACUGCGAGGGGGCAGGUGGCUCCAGCCCCGGCCCUGGCUGGGUCUCCCGGACGUCUGGGGCCUCCCCACUCCGCAGCCAGCCCGGAACAAGGCGCGCGGGAACGAGUAUCAGCCGAGCAACAUCAAGCGCAAACACAAGCACGGCUGGAUCCGGCGCCUGAGCACGCCAGCAGGUGUCCAGGUCAUUCUUCGUCGCAUGUACAAGGGUCGCAAGUCGCUGAGCCAUUGA